AUGGCAGUUGAUUCCGCUUCCGCCGGCGAGGCUACUCCCCCCUUCCCUUCCGCCUACUCCGCGCAACUUCCCCUACCUCACGCCCCCGCGUAUCCCCCUGAUCCACGCUUCGCCGCUCAUCCAGGAUAUCAGGCGCCUCCGCCCCCCUACGACAGCGCAGCCGCAGCGUUUCCUCCGCCCGUCCCCCCCUAUGGUUCCGCGCCUCCCCUUCCCCCUGGGGAGGAGGCCUGGCGCCGCAGAGCCAUGCUGAGUGGAGGGGGGGCAGGAGGGGGAGCAGCGGGGGGACUAGGAGCAGCAGCGGGAGGAGCAUCGGCGAGUCCACGAGCGGCAGAGAGAUCGCCAUCUCCUCCUAAGUCUGACGGGUUUGCCAUGCCCAAGAAUUCCGGCGACGGGUUGACAGCAGCAGAGCGGAUGAUGAUGAAGAUGGGAUGGAAGGCUGGGCAAGGGCUGGGUAAGCAGGAGCAGGGUAUCACCACGCCUCUCAUGGCAAAGAAGACGGACAAGCACGGAGGAGUGAUUGUGGCUGCCAAGCCGCUCAAGAAAGGUGGUGGAGGGGAGGGAGGGGAGAAUAAUGCUGCUGGUGCUGGUGGGAAGAGGGCGAAGCUGGGCGGUGUGGCACUCAACGGGCCUCCAUCGAAGGUUGUCCUGCUAAGAAACAUGGUUGGUCCUGGAGAGGUGGAUGAAGAGUUGGAAGAGGAAGUGGCAGGUGAGUGUCUCAAAUAUGGCACUGUAACACGGCCAAGGAAGUCGACAGUGAAGGAUCUUGCGAAGAAGUUUGACCUCAAGCCUAACUUAUCGGUUCAGGGACCCAAGGUCGUCUCUAGGGAUUAUGACGACGCUGAGGGAAGGCUGACCAAGUCAGAAUUGGAAGAACUAAAGACUCGUUUGGAGAAACUUUAUCUUCUGCUGGAUGGCAGCCAGCGGGAUGAAGUCGGCUCAAUCUUGGAGAUUGUUGGCAAGGCUUUGCGCCGGAGUCGUAUAACCAAGCAAUGCAGUUCUAUGGGCUUCGGUGGAGCACCAAUUCUUCUUCUCUUGGUGCAUGCUGGGUUCCGCGCAAGGGUGUGA